GUGGACCACGCCGCCGCCCGCAGGCAGUGCCACCGUGACGCCGUCCCCGUCACGGAUUCCCCACGGGCGCGAUGCCCGACGCCGCGGCGGCCGUCCUCCCCGCCGUGGAUCCCCCACGCACGGCGCGCACGACUUUGGCCGCGCCGCCGUGACUACCGUCGUUCCCGACGGCCCGCGCGCGACUCCUGCAUCCCCCAUGCGUCGGCAGCAAAGGGUGAGGGCAGAUGGAGAGAGCUCGUGAGAAGGCAAGGCGAGGGGAGGAGAAGAGCUCGUCAGAGCGCGUUCUUCAAGCGGAGGAAACGGCCCCAGAUCCGAACAGGUUCUUCUUCUCCCCCCCUUCCAAUCGACUACCCUUGGUACCUAAUCCUCCCGUAUCCAAUUGUUGUGACGUCUGACAAAAUAAUGCGCGGAGAAGAUGCAUUGGCACAUCUGCUACACGGGGAGGAGUAGCUUGUGAUUCCAUUGUGAUUUCAUUUUUCUGGGCGUCGCUGGAGGAGAGCGGCGUUGUGGUGGUCGGCGGUGGGUGACGUCCGCAAACCAACUGCAGGAUGCACUAAACAGAUUCAUUUGCUGGAGCUGGAGCCGUACCAUGGCAAUGGCCAAGAAUAACAGCCCUCUGUGCCGGAGCCGAGUCUGUAUGGGACUGUGGAGGCACAGAGGAGAUAGUUGGGAUCAAAUCGCUCCGUGGACAGGAGGAAGGGUCUUGCUAGCGAUAUACAUGUACGGCGAGCGAAAUCAAGGUGGCCAAACUGCAUUCCACUCUAUUAAAAGGCCCUGAGGCUGAGGAAGAGGGUGCUUUCUGCUCACUGAUGAAUCUCAAGGCAUGGUAAUAAUGUUUGCCUCUUACUAUCUUGUCCCUGAGGAAGAGGUAUGCAUCCAACUUAUUCUCACUCAGCUUGCUAUCUUGUCCCUGAAAUCUAUUAACUGAAUCAAUCAGGUGUUCAUAUUUUUUAACGGAAUCAAAUUAAGUGAGUUGGCCUCAUGUGUAUCCGUUUGAAUGUAUUUAUCUUGUCACUUAUAGAGGGAGAAACCACAUGCAACAAGGAAAUAAUAAAUCCUGAUGAAGCACUAAUUGGUUGGGCAAGAAUGACAUGUACUGAAAGCAAACAAUUCAUAUGUAAAAAUGACAUGUCAAUCGUCAUGAGAUUUCUGGUACAUGUAUCCUCCUAAACCAAUCAGGAUCACAUGACCAUUUUUAUGAAGUCUACUACUUGAUAUAAAUUGCAAAAUCCUAAUAUUUGUAGUGGCUCAUUUCCUGCUCCUAUAUACAAGGCUGUUGUCUUUCCUUUUUUUUCUGACAAAACCUCUCCUUUAAGGACAGUAAGCCUGCAGUAAGGUUUUGCAAUUUUCUUUCUAUGAAACAUUUUUUGCUGCUAAUAACCUUCUCUCUAAGGUGGUCAAAAGAAUUAUGGCUAGCAAGGUACAGACACAACCAUUAAAGUAAUGUUGUUAAGAGCCGAGUGAUAUGAGGAUUAAGCAUCAUCAGUCAUGUGACCUCUAUUUGGAACUGAACGAUUGACCAUCAGUUCUAAAGAUUAUUGUUUCUGGUGUGCAUCGCUAUUGUGUUAGUCUUUGUAUCCAUACUCAGUCUUGAAUCAUGAUAAUUUUAAUUGAACAUUACAUUCUAAAUCAGCUGUUCACAUGAUCUCACACUGACUAUAAAGGACAUUCUAACUAUUUUUCUUGGUAGACUCUUCUUUGUUGUAUGAGCCUGGACUAUCCAUAUUUAACAAUGCCCUUCUGUGCAUUUGUUUUCUUCAGGUUCUUUUGAGGAAUCGAGUGAUAAGUAGAGGGAGCAAGCUAAAAAGUUGGGAGUACCAGAUAUUAUUUUUGUUUCCUCCUAAUUGUGAUGAUCAUUUGCUAAUUGUGAUGACCUCUAAUAGUCUGCCAUGUCAUCAGCUUGAUCAGAUUACAGAAGCAGGGCUGUUCUUUUCCUUCCUAUGAUCUUUCUGUAUUUCCUUUCCAUAUACUAAACUGUGUCAGGUUUCCAUUGGCAGUCAUUUUGUAUACCUUGUGAGACCUAUAUAGCACCUGAUGAGAGUGCUGGUGUACUUCUUUCUUUGACCCUUUCAAGGAAGAAACUACAUGUACAUUUGAGAAGCGCGGAGCUGCUUGGACAACAUUCCUUCAUGUGGCACACCUUAGACAAGACGAAGUGGAGGAUUUAAUUUUUUGGUUGCAAGGGGCUGCACCUGAUCAAUGGCUCCACCAUAAAUCUUUGAAUUAAAUCUACUGCAUACAUGGCAUUUCGAGAAAUUGCAGGAAUUACAGAACCAGACUGAUAAUCCAUGAACAAAAGGAAAUGUUGUGCUGCUAAUCAAGUUGCCUGGUGCUUCUGCAGCUUCCUGCACGGUAGAUGUGGUCGCCCAGUCAUAUAUGCCUGUGUCAAUGGCUUGGCCAUCCAGAUUUUAAUCUCAGCUGCUCUAGCCUCCAUGUGCAAGAACACCAUGGAGGCUGUCACUUUUGUAUUGCAUCUCCAUCUCCAUCUACAUUGUACGAGGGAUGAAUUGAUGAGUAUGGAAUUCAUUUUUCCUUGGCCGAGUGUUUGUAAUCUAGAGUUUACUGGAAACCUCCUGAGUCAGCUAUGAAUAAGAUUUUUUUUUAAAAAUCAUCAUGGAACCAGUAAUCAGUAGAUAUGGUUCUCAUGAUCGACUUCCUGAACGUCAAGAAGCACUUCUCGGAAAGGGCCAUCGAGCGGAGGCGGCGGCCAGGCAGGGGCGGCGCACUGCGGGCGACGACAGGGGCAGGCGGUCAGCUGGCCAGGGCUAGGCGCGGCGAGCGCCCCGCGCCCCGUGGCCAGGCGCGGCGAGCGGCAGGCCUCGGCGAGCGGCAGGCGGCCCGCGGCCCGCACCCCGCGGUCAGGCGCGGCGCGCGGCACGGCAGCGGUGCUGCAGGGCCUACAGCUGCACCGAGGCACCGAGCAGUGCGCUUGCAUAGCAGGAGAGCUGGAGUUUGGAGAGGCAGAGGCAAGAAAUUAGGCACUGCUGAAACUAGAUUUCAGAAUGUCAAAAAGAACUAUACAAUCAUACUUUUCAAGUUCAAGUGCUUCAACUCCACACACUAAUGAGAGCACAUCUGAACCAAAGAAAUCUAAGAAAUCUAGAGUGGAGUUUAGUCAUUCAGAUUUAAUUGGGGACCCUGGAAAGCGCAAACCAAUUGAUGAUUAUCAGCUUGAAAUUACAGAUCAAGGAAAGAGGGCAUAUGCUUUGAAUGGACCAACUCAACCUCGUGAUAUCAUAUUUCCUCGUAAAUGGAUGAGUGGUGAAUUUAGAUCUUUUCAGAAGACUUGGUUUGAUGAAUUUGAUUGGCUAGAGUAUAGUGAGUACAAAGGUGCAGCUUAUUGCUUGUAUUGCUAUCUCUUCUUUAAUUCGUCAAAGCCUGAAAAAUUUGGUAGUUCGGUCUUUGCACAUCAAGGUUAUGUGAAUUGGAAGAAAGCUAAGGAUACUUUUAAUAAGCACAAUGUUUGCAAGACUCAUGUAGAAGCUAGGCAAAAGUGUGAAGACUUUAUGAACCAAAGGACAAAUGUGGGUAGAAAAUUAGUUCAAGUGGGUAAGGAGGAAGAAAAACGCUGAGAUUCGUUUGACAACUUCUUUAGAUGUUGCAAGAUUUCUCAUAAUGCAAGGGGAUGCUUUCCGUGGACAUGAUGAGUCUUCUACUUCGCUUAACAAGGGUACAUUUAGAGAAAUGGUUGAUUGGUACAAAGAUAAGGUUGAGAUAGUGAAGGCGACAUAUGAAAAAGGUUACAAAAAUUGCCAAAUGUUAUCUCCUUAUGUGCAGAAAGAUCUUCAGCAUGUUGAGAGUUGUACAGCAUGCAGGUUUGUGAAUGAUGAAGGGAAAGUGAUGGAGAGAUUUCUUGGACUUCAGCAUGUUGAGAGUUGUACAACUAUUGCAUUGAAAGAAGCUUUGGUCCGUAUGCUUUCAAAGUCGUAAGUUAUCAAUCUCUAUGCUUCGUGGGCAAGGGUAUGAUGGAGCUUCUAAUAUGAGAGGUGAAUUUAAUGGAAAUUGAUUCGUGAUGAGAAUCCUUAUGCUUUCUAUGUGCAUUGUUUUGCCCAUCAAUUGCAACUAGUGGUUGUUUCUGUCUCAACUUCUAGUGCAGAUAUUACAUAUUUCUUUAACUAUGUUCCUUCAAUAGUCAACACUGUGGGUGCAUCUUGUAUGAAAAAGGAUGUUUUGCUUGCAAAGCAUCAUGAUGUGUUGCUAGAAAAGAUUGAGAAUGGUGUGAUUAUGACCGGAAGAUGUUUAAACCAGGAAAGUGGUCUAGCUAGACCUGGAGACACCAGAUGGGGUUCACAUCUUAAAACUUUGCUUCGCAUUUUGGUGAUGUGGGAGACUAUCAUAGAUGUCCUUGAGAUAGUCAAGAAAGAUUCUGUUAAACCAGCAUGUACUGGAGGAGCUUUAGGUUUAAUUGGAAAAAUGGAGAGCUUUGAUUUUGUGUUCAUCAUGCAUUUGAUGAUAGAAUUGUUGGGCAUGACAGAUAUUUUGUCACGUGCUUUGCAAAGGAAAGACCAAGACAUAGUUGAAGCUAUACAUUUGAUAACGGAUGUGAAAGAUAGCUUGCAGGAUAUAAGAGAAAAUGGAUGGGAGCCCUUACUCAAAAAAGUGAAAACUUUCUGUGAGAAGAAUGAGAUUGAAGUGCCGGAUAUGGAUGAGGAAAUAAAUAUCAGAGGGACAUCUAGACGUAGGAAGCAAAAGGUAACAAACAUGCAUUACUAUCAUGUUGAGAUUUUUCUUGUCGCCAUUGAUGCCAUCUUGACUGAGUUGAACCAUCGAUUUAGUGAAAUCAGUUCAGAGUUAUUAGUAUGUAUGGCUUGUUUUAACCCAAGAAACUCCUUCUCUAAUUUCAAUGUGGAUAAACUUAUGAGACUUGCUGAAAUUUAUGCUGACGAUUUUGAUAUUGGUGAGCUUGCUCUUUUGCCAAAUCAACUUAAAUCCUUCGUCAACCGUGCUAGAAGAACUCAAGAGUUCCUUGGAUGUUCUGAACUUGGAAAAGUUGCUGAAAUUAUGGUAAAGACUACGAUGAACACAUCUUAUCAAUUGGUUUAUCGUCUCAUUGAGCUAACCUUGAUACUACCAGUGGCAACUGCUUCAGUAGAGAGGAUAUUUUCAGCCAUGUCCCUUAUAAAGACAGAUUUGCGUAGUAAAAUGGGUGAUGAAUGGUUCAAUGACUUGAUGAUAUGAUAUAAUGAGAAGGAGAUAUUUAGAAAGAUUGAAAAUGAAAAGAUCAAAAAGAGGUUUGAAGAGAUGAAAAACCGUCGUAUGUUAAUGCCUAAAAAUUUGAUGAUUGCUUCUUCGGAUGAAUAAUGGGUGUCACCGUCACGCCCGUCGUCUAUUAGUCUCGUACUUUGGCUUUUCGUUAAAUUUCAUGAACCAUGCAUAUUGCAGACCAAUCUCUAAGGACUGGAUGUGCAGUACAGAUAGAACCUGGCAUAUAUAUUCAGUUUAUCGAUAUGGUUGUGGUAUGUUGGCACCCCGCAAAUAUUGCAGGUGUACUAUGUUUUGAAUUCGCAUGCAAUGAAUAUGCCUUCCCAGUGUUGGACAUGCUAUAAGAAUGUAUGAAUCCUCGAGUUCAGGAGACGAGGUUAAUGGGGUCAAUGAUUUGGAUAAUGAAUUCAACUUUGUGCAAGCAAAUGACCAGGAUUCUCACUAUUAAACCAUGAAAUAUGAAUUAUAUAUAUUUAUUUUGUGCAAGCAUCUAUUAAUAGUCUUCUUAAUAGUGUAAAUGUUCAGGUGUAGGUUGCCUAGAGAAGGAUUAGCUCUGCAAAUUAUCGUUGGUAGGCCAAAGUAUGGAUAGUGUGAAGCCACUGAGCAGAGAAUUGAGCAAUUCGUUCGAUACCUUAUGGUUUUUGGUGGCGUCGAGAUUAGGCUGGCUCAGAAUGGUGGUACUGAAACCAGCUUGACAGAUUGGAAAGACCUCCCCAUUGAGCUGCACGAUUUUGUCAAUAGUCGGAGAUGAUAGGAUGGUCAUCAUGGUCUCCAGUGUAUGCAAGUCGGAGAUGAUAGGAUGGUCAUCAUGGUCUCCAGUGUAUGCACAGGAUGGUGCGAUGUGUGAGGCGAGAGGUUGUUUCUGCUCGUGUACACGUCGUAACAAAUUUACACGUCAUAACAAAGUGGAAAUCGUCGCUAGCAAAACAUUUAUGGGUAUAUUGAUUUGAUGUCACUAGAGAAAUGUUUUAGGCAA